AUGUCAAAUUGGAGAGCAAACAAUGAUCCGCCCGCAGACUUCAUCCACAUGCUUUAUGCUGAUGAUGAUAAAGAUCUGUCGGAGGACAGUGAGUUUGAGCCAGAUGAUGAUGAGUUGGAUUUAUCAUAUAAAGUAUCACACAACCCUUAUACUCAACGCAGAGCUUUGCGGAUAUUACAACCUGGGACAGAACUUACUGGAAAUUAUAUGUGUGUUGUAUCAACGUUUCUAGCCGAGGGUGAAAAAACGCGCCCCAUGACAAUUUUUGGUAAAGCUGUCUGA